GCAGAGAAGCUGUCGAGCUACCGCUUCGAGGUGGCCAUGUUCGUGAAGAGCAUCAGGCUGAGCGACCGCUACGUCUGUGGUCCACAGUUGGUUCGGGCGCUUGGGCCGCGGGUUCGGAACGCCGUGGAGAGCUGCCCGUCCAUCAACGACGUGGACCGUGUGGACGAGGACGGAAGACUGGUCGGCUGGGAGACAGUGUUCAACUACGUGCUGGACAAGUUGGACUACGCCAGCCUGAACGACACAGGCCUACUGGCAGAGGAGUUCUUCCUGGAGAUCGCGCGCAACUCCGGCGAGACCUUCCAGGACUGGGCCGCUAGGUUCGAGAAGAAGGAGAGAGAGCUGCUGACGCAGCUGCAGGCGAUCGACCCGGACGUCAAGGAAGUGAUUGCCAAACCGCUCCGUACAUGGUGGUUCUUGAGGAAGUCCAGGCUCGCGCCCGUACUACGAGGUGAGGUGGCGGCGACCGCCGGGGGGGAUUUCAACUUUGCGAAGACCUACAAGACCCUGUUGACACGCUUCCCGGCGGAGUCCUUGGCGGAUCUAGACGGCAAGACCAAGAGGGAGCGGGCCCUGUGCGAGAACGACGCCGACGACGACGAGCACGAGACUGGUGGGGAAAUGGAGGAAAUCUACGAGAUGGUCGAGCAGCUGAUCAACUUCGCAGACGCGGACGACGACGACGACGAAGAGGCUGCCGACCUGGAGGCGGACAACGAGGUGUUCGCGCAGUUCCGCCAGGCCGGGCGAAGUCUCAAGGAGGGCGACUUCGGGGUCCUGGCAAAGGUCGAGGACGUGGACAAGAUCGACGAGUACGGUUCGAGGGGACACGCGGCCUCUCCAAGAUGA